UUCUCGGAGCGAGAGGUGGAGAUCAUCGUGGAGGAGCUGGAGCGAGGCAAGCACCUCCUCAUCAACCACUUCAAUGCGGGUGUGCCCCUGGCCGCCAAGGCCGCCGCCUGGCACGACAUCCUGCGCCGUGUCAAUGCCGUUGCCACCUGCCACCGCGAGCUGCCCGAGGUCAAGAAGAAAUGGUCCGACCUCAAGACCGAGGUGCGACGCAAAGUGGCCCAAGUCCGGGCUGCCAUGGAAGGGGGAGGCGAGAGCCAGAACGGCAACGGCAACGGGCCGGAGAGCGAAGACCCAACGGGCACCGCAACCACCCCUGUCAUCCUCACCCCCAUGCAGCAACGCAUCUGCAACCUGCUCGGAGAAGCCACCAUCAUCAGUUUGCCAAGUGGGGACUGCAGUGCAGGUGACGGGACCGAGAUACCCAUCACCGCAUCAGCCACUACGGUCACCCUGACCCAGAUUCCUGCAGAGACAACCUACCACAGUCUGGAGGAUGGAGUUGUGGAGUACUGCACAACAGAAGCCCCCACCACAGUCACCGCCGAAGCACCCUUGGAGAUGAUGGCACAUCAACACGAAGUGUCUGCGAAACCCCAGGAGCUGAAAAGCCGAAUUGCUCUGAACUCAGCCAAGCUCUUACAGGAGCAGCGAGUGACCAACUUGCACGUGAAGGAGAUUGCCCAGCACCUGGAGCAGCAGAAUGACUUGCUUCAGAUGAUUCGUCGCUCUCAGGAGGUGCAGGCAUGCGCCCAGGAGCGACAGGCACAAGCCAUGGAAGGAACACAGGCAGCACUGAGUGCCCUCAUCCAGGUCCUCCGCCCCAUGAUUAAGGACUUCCGUCGAUUUUUGCAAAGCAAUACACCCAGUCCGUCGGUCACUGCUGACCCCAGCCAGACGGGGCAGCAAGAUGGAAUGAUCCAAUGAAAGAAACAGUGAUGGGAUGUCUUUCUUGGGGAAAAAACCUGCCCGUGCUGCCAGUGGACACAGGGAGCAAGGGGUGCUAGCUCUUGUCAACAUGAAAUGGCUCACCUUGGAGUCCUGCUGAGCCUAAACAGCUUGCUUUCUCUGCUAAUCUUGUGCUAAUCUGCUUUUUCAGACUCAUCGUACA